UGUGAUAAGGCUGUGUGGCCACUGCCACAUCGUCCGCUGCAGGUGGCGUUGGUGUGCUUGAGCAACCAGAACUGGAGCAUGGAGGUGCACAACAUUCUCAGCAAACGGGGAUUCCGCGUCCAGUCCUUUGGAACAGGGACUCACGUGAAGCUUCCAGGACCAGCUGCAGACAAGCCCAAUGUUUAUGAUUUCAGAAUCCCAUAUGACAGGACGUACAAUGAUCUUCUUAGGAAAGACAAGGAACUCUAUACACAAAAUGUCAUUUUGCAUAUGCUAGACAGAAACAAGAGAAUCAAGUCCCGGCCAGAAAGGCUCCAGAACUGCACAGACCUGUUUGAUCUGAUCCUCACUUGCCAAGAGAGAGUGUACGACCAGGUGGUGGAAGAUCUGAAUUCCAGAGAACAGGAGACCUGCCACCCAGUGCACGUGAUCAAUGUGGACAUCCAGGACAAGCACAAGGAGGCCACCCUGGGGGCAUUUCGCAUCUGUGAGCUCUGCCAGUGUAUCCAGCACACGGAGGACAUGGAGAACCAGAUUAAUGAGCUGCUGCAGGAGUUUGAGGAGAGGAGCGGGCUUACCUUCCUGCACAGUGUGCUUCUACUGAGCAUGGAGCCCUCCUGGGCCACCUUCUCCAGCUUCCUUUUGUUCAUACUUUCUCCUCCCUGACGUUUGUUUUUACUUAUAGGUGUUCUGCUGGUGACGGUAGCGUUACCCAGAUAAACUGUGCAUAUGAAACGGGAGGAGAUGUCUAAAUGCCACAUUAAAGCAAUCAAGUUUUUUCCUUCCCACUUUUAGAGCAGGAUAUUGAUGGUAGUAUUUUUCUUUAACCAAAAUGGAAAGACAGCAGUUUGUGUUCACUUCCCUGCCUCCGGGCACCCCCUCCCUCCCUCCUCCCCACCUGGCCAGACCGCACAGACUCCGCUGCCACCAUGUUAGGAAUGACCUGGAAUUGUCCAAUAAAUAAAUGCUGCUGUCAAAA